GACUGGCCGCUGUUGCUGUGGCGGAGCUGAAGCGUGUUGCCUGUCAGAUCAGGCUGAGGCUCUAACGGGCGUGUGGUGACUGCGGUGGCAGAGCGGUUGGUGUGGGUGCCCGAUGGGCGGUGGAUCGGUGUGGGUGAGGCAGCUAAGGAUGGUUCUGAGGAGGCUCAUCAAGUGCUCUCUCCGGGAUUACGGUUUCUGCCUGGCUUCGUUGCUGUUGUUGAGUUUGGCCUCGCUGUGUUACCAGCUGAACGGUGGGGCUCCGGCCCUGCUGCUGGAACUCCGCAAGUUUCUGGGAAAUUCGUCUUUUCUGGAUGGGUAUCAUCAUGAACCCACUAAGGUUCUGCCAUUCCCCAGCCAGCUGGUUUACAACAGAGUUGGAAAAUGUGGAAGCCGAACUGUCGUGCAGCUAUUGAGAGUAUUGACGGAGAGAAAUCAUUUCAACCUUAUUAAUUCAGACAUUCACAAUAAAACCAGAUUAAAUAGGAUUGAGCAGAUGGAAUUAAUAAAUAAUAUCAGUCUAGGUGACCAACCUUAUUUGUACACGCGACAUGUCCAUUUCCUUAACUUCACAAGGUUUGGAUUGGAGCAGCCAGUUUACAUCAAUAUAAUCAGGGAUCCAAUUAAUCGAUUUGUAUCAAACUACUUUUUCCGACGUUUUGGGGACUGGCGGUCUGAACAGAAUCAUCAAAUCCGAACACCAGGGAUGAAAGAUGAGGAGCGCUACCUUGAUAUCAGUGAUUGCAUUUUAGAAAAUUACCCAGAAUGCAACAAUCCCCGGGUGUUCUACAUUAUUCCAUACUUCUGUGGGCAGCAUCCCAAAUGCAGGGACCCAGGGGAGUGGGCUCUGCAGAGAGCUAAAGAGAACAUGAAUAGGAAUUACCUGCUUGUGGGAAUUCUAGAAGAAUUGGAAGACGUACUGCUUUUACUGGAACGACUUUUACCUCAUUACUUCAAAGAUGCUAGUGCUGUGUAUCAUAGUUCAGAGUAUAAAAAACUUGGAAAUGGGACGAACACUAUGAAGAAACAGGUUCCCUCCCCGGAAGCGCUAAAGGUGCUAUUUCAACGAAUGCGUUAUGAAUACAACUUUUAUAACCAUGUCAAGGAUCAGUUCCAUUUAUUGAAACAGAAGUUUGGCUUGAAGACUCGGGCUAGUGCUCCAAAUAAAAAGUAUGAGAUUGCAUCUCAGGUAGAAAGUCCUGGGCCCAGCCAUGAUGAUGAUGACAAUGCAUGGUUGCAAGAUAUUUAUCGAUGAUAACAGCGAGCCACAUUUUGAGGACUUAAAUGUGUUCUUUGCAUUCACAAGGAACUGCAAUUUGGUCAGGACAUACUGCGGUGUUCUUGAGAUUAGAUUAACACAUUCACAAUUGCAAUCAAUCUUUGCAAGGCAGCUGUUUGUAACUUACACUUUUCAUGCUAUUGCAUGAUGUUUAUUUUUUUUAUUUCUAAUGUUUCUUUACCAACUGCUGUACCAGCAGGUGAGACACUUUCAACUAUUAUCUGCAUUUUAAAAUAUAUAUUGAAUGAAUGAUUUAUUUAGUUACUUGUUUAAAAAAUGUAAAGAGGGUAAUGCAUUAUAUAAGUCUGAGAAAUGUACUAAUCAAGUUAGAUACUAGCUCAUUUUCCUAAAAUGCUGCAUCUUCAAAUGGGAGACACCAUCCAAGGAAAUAAAAUUGGACUGGGAAUUUAAGGGAGUGAAUCUUAGAGGGUUGGCAGCACUGUACUCAGAUUUGUCAGAAAAUAAACAAUUUUAAAGCAUAUCAGACAUAAUCCAA